GUAAGAACGUAAACUUUAGUGAAUGUAAUGAAAAGAACGUACGGUAGCUUCUUUCUCAGCUUCUCUCUAGAGACGUUCUUUAGGCACAAACGGUAAUUUUGCAACCGGUUUCCUCUCAAACAGGUUGUUUAGAAAUCCGAAGACAAGGAAAAGAACCACCGCUAUGUUACAGCACAAGCAUCAAGAUGGGAGCCAGGUGGCGGGUAAACUGAUUCUGUUAGCGGUAGUUAGGGCUAUUACUGAUUUCUGGGAAGCUGUUAGAGUUAUUAAUUCGAAGCUCUCAUUCUGCCAUUACAGUAGCUUCCUGAUAACUGUAACAUUGGUAUCAAAGCUCCUUCUCGAUCCAAACCACGACAAUCUGGCCAAUACACGUGCGAAGAUCAAGAUGGAAGAAGCAUUGAAGAAGAUGAUCGAACAACAACGCGAUUGGAUGGCAUCGCAGUUUUCAGAACAAUGGAAACUCAUGGAAGAACAGGUAAAUUUAGCCUCUAUUCAUCUCAAAGGUAGAGCUGAAAUUUGGUUCAGUAACUAUGGUCAAUGGAGAAAUAACAUUUGUUGGGAUGAGUUUGUCAUGGAUUUGGGGGCCAGAUUCAAUGAAGAUGAUCACAAUGAUAUAGUAGAAGAAUUCAAUAAACUCUGUCAAACAGGAGACUUAGAAGAAUAUGUGGAUAAGUUUGAAGAACUUAAAGGGUUGUUGUUAAGGAAGAGGCCUAACAUGCCUCAGGAGUAUUUCCUGGAUAGCUUUAUUGCAGGACUAAAGCCACAAAUUAAGCCUUUUGUGAACGCUUUUGCUCCAACAUCAGUAACUAAGGCCAUUAGUUAUGCAAGGUUGCAAGAGCAAACUGUGGAAGCCUGGAGGACUCAAGAUAAAUCCAACAAGCACUCACAACUUCAAUCUAACAUGGGAAGGAAUAAUACACCUUUACUAGCUAAGCCUGAAUCAUCUGCCAAAUCCAGCACUCCAACAGGCUAUCAGGGUGCAUUCAGACCUCAGGGCAGUUACAACACGUCUAGCUCAGCCAAUAAACCAACCUUCACGCAGAGAAAUCCCAAGUUCAUCCCUGCAUCUGUCAGGGCUGAGAAAAUAGCAAAAGGGCUAUGCUAUUAUUGCGAUAAACCAUUUGAGAAGGGACACAAGUGUGAGAACAGGGAGACUCAACUAUUUCUGGUAGAAGUGCUGGGAGAGGAAGAAGCUGAGCAAUUUGAAUUGGCUGAGGUGGAAGCAAGGGUUGAUAAUGACCCCUCCAUCUCAUUUCAUGCUAUAUCUGGGGGCAAUGGAUACCAGACAAUGGAAUUUACAACUCUUGAUUGACUCCGGGAGUACACAUAAUUUCAUGGACAACAAUCUAGCUUACAGAUUGGGUUGCUACUUGGAACCCAUUACUACAUUGAAG